UGGAUGCUACUUGAGCGGGAGGGAAAACUUUCAGGAAGUGAUGGGGGUUUUGUUUUUAGUUCGUCUUUGACGUGUUUUACUCCAAGAAUUUUGACAAAAUUCACAUUGAAGAAUUACCAAGUACAGCACGUUGUAACAUUCUUGUACAGGACCAAAAGUAACACGCGGACAAUUCCCUUGGCAGGUUGUUUCAAUGACCGCUCCGAAAAAGAGGGCACUCCCCAAACCCCUCCCGGACGGCUUCAUAUUGACUGACCAGGGGAAGAAGAAAUGGAGGCUGGGGAAAAUCCUAGGUCAAGGUGGCUUUGGACUGAUCUACCACGCAUCCCAAGACCUGGGCAGCUCCGUCUCAACGGAUACCGACUUUGUGGUAAAAGUGGAGUACCUUGAGAAUGGCCCCCUGUUCUCCGAGCUCUGCUUCUACAUAAGGGCAGCCAAACCAGAAAGCAUGCAACAAUGGAUGAGAAGUAGAAGACUUGACCAUCUUGGGAUCCCAAAAUACUGGGGAUCAGGGCAAGCCGAGUAUAAUGGCCUCAGGUAUCGAUUUAUGGUUAUGGAGCGACUGGGCACUGAUCUACAAAAAAUGAGCGAGCGUAACGGCGGCCGCUUUAAGAAGGCUACUGUGCUCCGUGUUGGUCAAGUACUGGUGGAUAUACUGGAGUAUGUGCACGAGAAUGAAUUUGUUCAUGCAGACAUCAAAGCUUCCAACCUCAUGCUGGGUCAUAAAAACCCUCAAGAGCUCUAUUUAGUCGACUAUGGGCUGGCCCGCAGGUACUGUGUUGAUGGAGUCCAAAAGGAGUAUAAGGAAAAUCCCAAGAAAGGCCACAAUGGAACCAUUGAAUACACCAGUCUUGAUGCCCACAAAGGCGUUGCUCCAUCAAGACGUGGGGACAUCCAGAUUCUCGGUUUUUGUCUUCUUCACUGGUUAUGUGGCUCUCUUCCUUGGGAAAAUGAUCUCAAGAACGCAAUUAAGGUCAUGGAAGCGAAGGCCAGACUGAUGGAUAAGCUGCCAGAGUCUGUCCAGCAGCUUUCAGUAAGUGGAGCCAGCACAGCGGAGGUGGCUGCCCUGCUGCUGUACGCGAAAUCUCUGGGCUUCCAAGACAAGCCUGACUACCAGCGCCUGAGGCAAAUGUUGUCUACUGGAGCAAAGGAAAAACUGGAUUUCUCUGUACCUCGUGGAGUUGGGGAAAGGUCCAUGUCUAAAGGGCUUGAUCCUCCAACCAGGGGCAAGAGAACAGCAAAAGCUCGGGGUCUGCCCAAAGCAAAGUCUGCCGCCAUGCAAGUGGUUGUUGAUGACGACGAUGAUGACGACGACGACGAUGACGAGGUGGAGGAUGAAGAGGACAAGGAGGAGAAAAAGCCAAAACAAGUGCCAAGAAACUACAGACGAGGGCCACCCCUUCCACAGAAGAGCGAGAGGGUCCAAAGAUCACUGAGGAAGAGGACGACACCAGUGAAGACUUACAAGGAAGAGGACAGCUCGGAUGACGAUGAUGAUGAUGAAGAGGAGGCCAGAAGCCAACCCAUUGAUGCCCGCUAUAUAAGAGGCCCCCCGAUAGGAAAGAGAGGUCGGCCAAAAAAGGUGUGAGAUAGAGACCCCCCGUGUAAACGUUAGGCCGAUUGCUCGCAAGAAUUUUUGCCCCAAAAAUAAACAAACCAAAAAAAAAGUAUUGAGCUGG